AUGGAUGAUUUCGAUGCAGACGAUGAACGUGCCAUCGAACUUUCCUCCAUCGAAGCCAUCUAUCCCGAACUCCAGGUCUCGCCAGAGAGUCGCUACAAUGCCAGCCUCGAUUUGGCGGUGACGCCUCUGAAUCCACUCAAGAUUCAUUUUCAAGAAGUCCUUACAGAUCUUACGCAUCCCCAACUCCCGACUCCUUCGAGUAACGACCACGCCCGAGCCGUUGCGGCUGGAGCACGAGACAAGAAUGGCAGAGAUGCCACUCACGGUGGAAUACACGAGCUGGAGCACCUGCCACCCCUGCACCUCAAGAUGCAGCUACCUGACAAGUAUCCGGCCGAAUACCCUCCCAAGAUCGAGCUGACCGUUUCGCCGUGCUGGCUGAGCCAGCGGAAGCUUGACGAAUUGAAAGCCGAGUGCGUGCGCCUAUGGGAGGAAAUUGGCCACGAUCAAGUGAUCUAUUUGUUCAUCGACCAUCUGCAGCAACAGGCUGAGAAUGCCUUCGGACUCGCGGACGGGCAAGCGGUUUCCAUGCCUGCUGACCUGAGGUUAGAACUUCUGGACUACGAUCUCAAGGCCCGGCGUCGGAAGUUCGAGAAUGAGACAUUCGACUGUCAGAUCUGCAUUGAACCAAAAAAAGGCAAGGAUUGCCACCGCUUGUUCGCGUGCGGGCACGUUUUUUGCAUUUCUUGCUUGCAAGACUCGUACAACACCUACAUUUCUGAAGGCGAUGUGGGCAGCAUCAAAUGCCUGGACCCCACCUGCGAGAAGCAGCGUGAAACCUCUGAGCCAAAGCGGAAGAAAAGACGUCGCGACUAUAGUCUUAACCCCUCCGAGCUUCUUCAGAUCCCCAUCGACCAAGAGCUCGUCCAGCGAUAUGUCCGACUUAAGCGAAAGCAAAGACUUGAAUCUGACAAGAACACAAUCUACUGUCCACGACAGUGGUGUCAAGGCGCAGCGCGCAGCAAGAAACAUCCAAAGCAUGCGGAUCUAUUCGGUGACUUCAGCUCCGACGACGCGUCCGGCAGUGAAGCCGAACCGGAGCCAGAGAGCAAUGCAACCGCCAAGAAGCGGAUCAAAAAGAAAGAUGAGCAGAACAUACCCAUGGCAAGGCGCUUAGCUGUGUGCGAGGAUUGCGACUUUGCCUUCUGCUCUGUCUGUAAAAAGGGCUGGCAUGGUGAAUUGGUAUAUUGCAACCCCCGCAAGCAGAAGGAGCUGGAAGCGGAAGAAAAGGCCACACUCGAAUACCUUGAGCGAUAUUCAACGCCCUGUCCUACCUGUCAGGCACCCUGCCAGAAAACUCACGGCUGCAACCACAUGAUUUGUUUCAGAUGCAAAACACACUUUUGCUAUCUUUGCUGCAGUUGGCUGAACGCGGACAAUCCUUACCAACACUUCAAUAAUCCGAAGAACAACUGCUACAUGCGCCUGUGGGAACUGGAGCAGGGCGAUGGGACGGGUGAGGCUCCACGAAUUGAUAAUCGCUGGGGUGAGGUGCCUGACGAGAUUGACGAGGACGAUUUCGACCAAGAUGAUCGUGACCAACAGCCCAUCGAUAUGGCCGCCUUGGCGCAGGAGGUAGAGGUUAUUGCAGCGAACCCGGUUGGUGACGUUGUCGAUCACUCAGACGAUGAAGAGGUUGCGCCGGAUGUUGUCCGCAAUCGGCGGGCGCGCGCUAUUGAAUUCGUUAACUUUGCCGCCAACGGUCAACAGCAGGCCCAACGUGUGAUCUUACCAGAUCAAAUCGAGGAGCCUGCAGGCCCACUGCAGCCUCUCCCUCGACAGUUACACGAUCAGCAGGAAGGACGUGCAGCGCGUCGAGCACGCCAACGUCGGCGUCGGCAACAACAGUUGCCCAAUGGCCGUGCAAACGCUAGGGCUCCAAUCGGUGCACGUAUUGCCCACCAAAACCUGCCUCCUGCUGCUCCGCAACUCCCAGCCAACAACCUCCCUGCCGCUCCUCCAGCCUUGCAAGGAGACCAAGCUGCUCUGCAGCGCUUCCUUGAACUAGCGCAGCGCGACGAAGAAGAUGAAUGGGACAUGAUGAUGAAGAAGAAGGAGGAGGAGGAGGAGAAGGCGCAGAUCGAGAUGCGCCGGCCGAGGUGA